AUGUUUUCUCAGCCUUAUUAUACAUCCUCCUCCUUCUUCCCUUUUUCUCCGCCAGCAUUUCAUCAAUACAGUCUCCAUGACAUCUUUAUCCCAGCAGCUAGCGGCGCUGAAGCAGGUGCUCCGGUUUCUGCCCAGCCAAUCGCCGGUUGGAAGCGUAAAAUGAGGAAGGAUAUGCAUAGUAAGAUAUACACGGCGAAAGGACCACGAGACAGGAGGAUGAGGUUUUCCCUAGAUGUUGCACGCAAGCUUUUCGACCUCCAGGAUCUGCUCGGCUUCGACAAGGCAAGUAAGACAGUUCAAUGGAUUCUCACUAUGUCAAAAGCUGCCAUUAAGGAACUUGUGGGGGCGGCUUCCAUAUGUAUGGUUGUUUCUUCUUCUGAGGGAGAAGACAUCUCGACUGUAUCGGAUAACAAGGACAUAUCUACAUCAGCUAUUUUUGCAAGUGAAUUUGAAAAGAACGCAAAGCCUAAAAGUAGGAUUUUGAGGUCGAGGCCCAUUUCUCAGCCAAAAUUAGUUGCCAAAGAAUUAAGAGAAAAGGCGAGGGCGAGGGCGAGGGCGAGGGAGAGGACUUUGGAGAAGAAGAUGAUGAGAUGUUGUAGGCCAGAAGAUGGAAGUAAAAGUAACCAACAGGCCAAUAUUUUAAAGUCUAUUCCUUUAGGCAGUUUUCUGCAAGAGGAAUAUUCUAGCUCCCAUGAUUUGAAAUCUUCCUUAGACUUUGUGGCAGAGAUGGAAGAGCACUGUUCAACUUCUCCUAUUAUGUAUGCAAAGGAACAUGAUCAUAAUGGUUCAAGUUCAGCAGUAGUGUUUGACUGUAAUCAGCAAACUGCUGUUAGUUUAUUUCAAGAACAAUGGGAUCACAGGAGUGCUUUUCCUAACAACUAUAUGGAUGAAAAGGUUCUUUUUGGUGAAGUUUCACUGCAGACCAGCUACGGGAGGGGAAUUAGUAUGCCGUCGAUGUUUGAUCAUGUGACUCGUGUCUAA